AUGACUAGUCGAAGUAAUCAAGAAAUUAAACUCUUAUUUGAACGUUUACCACGAACAAUUGUACCAACACAUUAUGAUGUAAUUAUUCGGCCGCAUCUUGAUACGUUUAAAUUUAAUGGUGAUGUUACUAUACAUAUACAAAUUAAAGAACCAACAGAUAAAGUUAUACUUUAUGCUAUUGAAAUAGAAGUUGAUCAUGCCAAAAUUAAAUCAAAUCCAAAUGAUGAACAACAAGGUAAAAUUGAUUACGAUAAAGAAGGUGAACGUAUUACAGUCAAUUUCGAUAAGAAACUUGAAAAAGGUGAUUAUCAAUUACUAUUAAAAUUCGUUGGUGAAAUAAACAAUCGUAUGCUUGGUUUUUAUCGAACUAAAUAUACAGUACCAGAUAGUGAUGAAGUUCGUUAUGGAGCUAGUACACAAUUUGAACCUGCUGAUUGUCGUCGAGCAUUUCCAUGUUGGGAUGAACCAAAUUUUAAGGCUACAUUUGAUAUCACGUUAAUUACACCAAAAAAUCUUUGUGCAAUUUCAAAUAUGCCAAUUAAAUCAGAAAAUAAAUAUACGGAUGAUAAAGAAUGGAAAGUAACAAAAUUUGAACGUACACCAAUCAUGAGUACAUAUCUUGUGGCUUUUGUUGUUGGUGAAUAUGAUUAUCUUGAAACGAAUGAUUCAAAUGGUGUCAGUAUGAAAGUUUAUACACCAGUUGGAAAGAAAGAACAUGGACAAUUUGCAUUAGAUAUUGCAGCCAAAAUACUUCCAUUUUAUGCUGAUUAUUUUAAUAUUAAAUAUCCAAUUGCUAAGGCUGAUCAAAUUGCUAUUGCAGAUUUUGCUACGAGUGCAAUGGAAAAUUGGGGUUUAAUAACAUAUCGUGAAAUGGCACUUUUGUUUGAUCCAAAAUUUUCAUCAAUGAAUGCACGACAACCUGUUGAUAAAUGUUAUCCAGAAUUCGAUAUUUGGACACAAUUUGUUGCUGAUACAUUUGCACGAUUUCUUGUACCCGAUGCCUUGAAAUCAUCACAUCCUAUUGAAGUACCCAUUGGUCAUCCAGCUGAAAUUGAUGAAAUUUUUGAUGCUAUCUCAUAUGCAAAAGGUUCAUCAGUUAUUCGUAUGUUACAUGAUUAUAUUAGUGAUGAUGCUUUUCGUCAAGGUCUUCAUAAUUAUUUAACUGAAUAUAGUUAUAAGAAUACAGUUACUGACAAUCUUUGGUCACAUUUAGCAAAAGCAUCUGGCAAACCAGUUAAUGAAGUUAUGUCAUCAUGGACACUUCAAAUGGGUUAUCCACUAUUAAUUGUAACUGAAGAACACAAAGAUAAAAAACGUGUUCUUCAGAUUACACAACAACGUUUUAUUGCCGACGGUAGUGUUGAUGAAGAAAAACUUCAGUGGAAAAUUCCAAUAACAAUUUUUACUAAGUCGAAUCCUAAAAAAAUUACACAUCAAGUAUUAAUGGAUAAACCUGAAAUAACAAUAACAUUAGAAAAUAUUGCUGAAGAUGAAUGA